GAACUGACUGACUUACAAAGGGAUCCUCCUGCUCAGUGUUCUGCAGGACCUGUAGGUGAUGACUUAUUCCACUGGCAGGCCACCAUCAUGGGCCCGAAUGACAGUCCUUUCCAAGGAGGUGUUUUCUUCCUGACCAUCCACUUCCCGACAGAUUAUCCUUUCAAGCCCCCAAAGGUUGCUUUUACUACCAAAAUCUAUCACCCUAAUAUCAACAGCAAUGGCAGCAUCUGCCUGGACAUCCUGAGGUCCCAGUGGUCCCCAGCAUUGACUGUGUCCAAAGUUCUCUUAUCCAUCUGCUCACUGCUCUGCGACCCCAACCCUGAUGACCCACUGGUGCCAGAAAUAGCCCACACCUACAAGGCCCACAGACAGAAGUAUGCGUCCUCUUUGGGUUGGCUUUGUGUGCGGCUGCCCAGGUUCCCACGGACAUCUUCCUGCCCAAGCCAAGCCCAUAUACAACAGACUAGCAAGAGAGUGGACACAGAAAUAUGCUAUGUAAGUGCCUCGAAGGCUCCAUGGGAGACACUGUCCAAGAGAAGCUUGCCAGGCAGAGUGGCCAUCCUGUGAAGCUCUGAGCUAUUGGCUAAGGCACUCACAGAACAUCCUACGUUCAUACAUGUGUUGACCACUCACUUUCUCUGGCUGCAGCAUGUUGGUGCCACUUUCAGCCAUUGUGGCCCUGACAGCUUCCCACCUUUGAUGCCAAAUCAGCAACCAUCGUUAUGAUCUGCAGUCUUCCUGGUUACUAGAAUUGGUCUAUGCCCAGCUUGUCUGCUUGUCUCUGGGGAAUCAAGCCAUGCAUGCCUCCCCUACUUGUCCUCAAAUGGUGCCACUAGUCACCAUGGCACUAUACAGGGGCCCAGUCUGCUCCCUAACCACAUGCCCUUUGCCUUUAGAACACAGUGCUAUCCAGAGGGCCCAGGGCAGAAUGGGCUUUCUCCAUACUCUUGUCUGCCACAGACCCAUGUCCUCAGGAGUCCAAGUGUAUCCUGGAGGCUCCUGGAAUUGGGACAGCAUCACACGAAAGUGCUUCUGCUGCCUUCCGCCACCGUCCUCUGUAGUGCUAUAUGCUGCAUUUCUCUCCUCACACCAAAUAGCAAGUGGGGAACAUCAGGAUCUAUAAAGCAUGUAACACCCCAAGAAAGAGCGAUGACACCAUCAGACGUGGAGAGAUCGGG